CGAUGGCCGCAGUUCCCAAUUUUGAAAACGAUGACCAAAACAGCAAUUCGCUUCAGUCAUAUGAUCUGAUACCGCAACCGUCUGCGAUUCUACUCGAUAAAAUUCCACAACGAGAUUAGGUUAGGUCAGGACUGAAUUGGGAUAUCGCCAAUGUCGUGGUUGCGAUCGGCUGUAAACAAGGCUGUGGAGGUGGGCAACAAGAACAACCUUACCCUCACCUUCAAGAACUAUGCUGACUCCGUCGUCCAUCACGCUGGCCAGGCCGUCGCCGAGGGCGCUAAAAUUCUCCAAGAUCGCAUUGGUGGUCCGAACUAUAGAAGUUUUAAGCAGACCGUGAAGAGGUUGGAAGAGGCGUCUGUUUCAUGCAGGGGUCGUGAGAGAAUUGAGCUGAUGAAGCGAUGGUUAGUUGCUCUGAAAGAAAGUGAAAAAUCUUCUAUUAGUACAUUUGAGGAUAAAAGUAAGAGCACUGAGCAACAGCCACAAAUUGAUGAACGAAAGGACAGCCCCAGAAAGCAACCUAUGGUAUUGUACUAUGACUCAGAUAUGGGUGGUGAUCCUUUGACUUUUCGUGAUGUAUUCCUGUACAGCCAGGCUUUGGAGGGAAUAUCAAUAUGUAUGAUUCUUGAAGCCCCAAAUGAUAAAGAAGUUUCCAUGCUCCUUGAAUUGUUUGGUCUCUGUUUGACUGGAGGGAAGGAAGUGCACUAUGCAAUCGUGAGCAGCAUUCAGGAUCUUGCUAAAGCUUUUUCACGCUACCAAGAUGAAGUACUGGUGAAGAGGGAGGAAUUGCUUCAGUUUGCUGAAGGAGCCAUCACAGGGUUGAAAGUCAAUGCUGAUAUUCAAAGAAUUGAUGCUGAUAUUUUCACACUAAAGAAACAGCUUGAUGAAUUAGGAUCUGCACACGCUCGGCAUGGUGAUGAUCAUGAAAUGAAUGUUAAGAAAAGCUCCGGCCCAAAAAUAGAGGAUCUUAAAGAAGCACUUGCACACAUCAGAAUAUGUUCCAGGUUAGAAGCUCUUUUACAGAAAAAGAAAGCUCUUAAAUACGGAGAUACAGCUGAAAUUCAUACCCAAAAGAUUGAUAAGUUAAAAAUCCUGUUGGAAUCUUUGGCAAGUUCCUCUGCAAAAGCUGAGAAGCGUAUCUCGGAUAACAGGAUUCAGAAAGAUGAUGCAUUAAAGUUUCGAGUAAAUAAAGCCAGUGAAGUCGGUGAAAUUGAAAAGGAGCUAGCAGCUGAGAUUGCUGAUCUUGAAAGACAGAGGGAUGAGCUUGAAGUUCAACUGAAAAAGGUGAAUACUGCUUUAUCCGGUGCCAAAGCUCGUCUUCAUAACAUAACUGAAGAGAGGGAUCAAUUCUUUGAGGCUAAUGAUGAAGUUGUUACCCAUCUGAAAGCUAAGGAGGAUGAGCUAGCAAGAUCCAUUUCUUCAUGUCGAGCAGAAGCAGAUGUUCUUAGUACUUGGAUCAAUUUUUUGGAAGAUACUUGGACUCUACAGUGUCAGCAUGUGGAGUCUAAGGAGAAGGAAGCCAAUGCUGAACUGGAGAGACAUGAAGAUUACUUCACAAACUUGGUUACUCAACUGCUUUCUACAUACGAGAAAGAGUUAAAACCAAAUAUUGAUCGCAUAGAAAAGUAUGUGGAGAACUUGAAAGGUUUAAGUGAAGGGUCAUCACUUACUUCCACAGUGGAGAGUGAUGAUUCUCAAUUGUUGAAUCCAAGGAGUAAUCUUGAGGAGGAAUACCUGGAUUACGAAGCUAAGAUAAUAACAACCUUCAGUGUGGUGGACAACAUGAGAGAGCAGUUCUAUGCACAAGAUGGGAAACUCUCCAGUAAAGAGAAUGCGGAGGUGAAAGAGCUGUUUGACAGCAUUGAAAAACUAAGGGCUGAAUUUGAACGCAUCGAAAGGCCAACUCUAGAAAUGGAAAAUCCCAGUAAAGAGAGAGACAUGGCUUCUGAAGAAACAUCACAGGGAAGUGCUACAGAUUCUUUGUCAGCACAACAAGGGAAAGAAGAGCCCAAAAAAUCUAGAGAAGAUGGUGAGCCUCAGAUUCUGGACCAUGAAUCAGAGCUGGCAAAACUGGAGUCUGAAUUCGGAAAGGUAAAUCAGGAGUAUGCAACGGAAGAAGAGAUUGGGGAAUGGGAAUUUGAUGAGCUUGAGAGGGAGUUGAGAUCAUCUGGUGGAGACGUAGUAAAGUAGCUGUGCCGAGGUGAACUGAGAAGGAGGAGAAUGGGCUGGCUGGCUGGCUGUGUGUUGUAAUAUUUAUUUAUUAUUAGUGUGAAUGUUGUAAUCCAGAUGAAUGAAUGCUAACUCGAUCUCUUUUAUUUUAGUUCGACUGCUUGAUUAUAAAUGACGACAGUGGAUGGAUAGCUGCUUGAGUUUGUUUGUUUGUUUGUUUGUAAUUGCAAUGUUAGAAGACCAUUCCCAA